UAAUUGUAGACAGUGGAGAUUGGAGAGUGUAAACUGAAUGUAGAUUUCAUUAAUAUCAAAUCCAGAAUGUCCGAAUGUGGAGUUGACGCGUUUAGUCUGUAUUGGUAGCUUUUAAAUUAAAGAUAAUAUUUAAAUCCAUUAUAUAUUUCAUCUUCAUAAUUUUUAGUUCCUAAUCGUAUGAUGUGAUUUUAUUUAACGAAAACUAGAUCUAUUCCACCUACUUUUCCACUAUAUUAUAUUAGGUUAGAUAAGUGUAUUUGCGGCUUUUAAUUUUCUUUUAGAAGUAAUUAAUAUUGUUUGUAAUGCAAAUAUAAAUUGAAAAACAUGAAGUGCCAUUACGAAAUUUUAUGCAUAUCACGCGACGCGAGUGGAUCUGAAAUUAAAAAAGCAUACCGAAAACUUGCACUGCAGUGGCAUCCAGAUAAAAACUUAGAAAACGAACAAGAAGCGAAAGAACAGUUUCAGCUCGUUCAAAACGCAUACGAAGUAUUAUCAGAUCCUCAAGAAAGAGCUUGGUAUGACAAUCAUAGGGAACAAUUGCUGAAAGGGGCUGGAAGUUCAUACAAUGAUGACAGUCUUGAUGUGUUUUCUUACUUCAGUCCUUCUUGUUACAAGGGAUUUGGGGAUGAUCCACAAAGCUUUUAUGCAGUAUAUUCUGAGGUCUUUUCAAAAUUAGCUUCUGAAGAGACCGAUUUUCUUGAUGAUCCUGAAGAUGUCAACAAAAUUCCUAAAUUUGGAAAUCCUUUGAGCCCUUAUGAAGAGGUGCAUGAAUUCUAUGCUUUCUGGAUGGCUUUCUCAACUAAUAAAAGCUAUGUAUGGUUAGAUCAAUAUGAAAUUUCACAAGGUGACAACCGCAGGGUGAUUAAGUUAAUGGAAAAAGAAAAUAAUAAAAUUAGGCAGAAAGCAAGAAAGGAAAGAAAUGAAGAAAUAAGGAGACUGGUCAGCUAUGUACGUAGGAGGGAUAAGAGAGUUAUUGAACAUACUAAGCUCUUGCAAGAGAAAGCGGAAGAAAAUAAAAGAAAGGCUGAACACAUUAGACGAGAAAAGAUUAUUCAAAGACAAAAGGAAAUAGAAGAAGCUAAGUUGAAAGAUGGAGGGUCAUCGUUGUUACAAAGUGAGGACUAUCAGAGGAAGCUUAGUGAAAUUGAAUCAUUGCUAGCUGAGGAGUUUGGGUUAUCUUCUGAUGAUGACACAAUAUCUGAUGGAGGCAUGGAAAGUAGUAAUGAAGAAAGCUCAAAGACAGAAGAGCCCAGUGAAACUUCAAAAGCAAAGAAAUCUUCACCAAAAAAGCCAGCAUUGAAAAAUCUUUAUUGUUCAGCAUGCAAUAAACUAUUUAGAAAUAUAAAUUCUUUUGAGAAUCAUGAGAAUAGUAAGAAACACAAAGAAAAUGUGGCUAGUAUGUAUUUGAAUGAUGAUAUUGCCAUAUCAGAUGAAGAAAAUAGUAAUGCUGAGAGUGGACAGGAUAAGAAUAUCAAUGGACAACCCCAAAUGAAUAAGGAUGUGGUCGGAAACUCUACCUCUGAUGUUGAAGAUAAUGAUAUUGGAGAAACAUUAAGUGAUGAUUCUGAUAAUAUCCAGGCACUACCGAAAAGUCACAAGAAGAAGAAGAACAAAAAGAAAUCAUUUGUUCCAAUGGCAGAAAGUGAGGGCAAUGAUAGUCAUGAUGAAAUGAGUUUUAAUGAAAUAGAGGGGCCAGCUCGAAGCCGGAGAGCUAAGAAGUUUAAUAUGCUUAAAAGUCAAAUACAAGCUAAAAAGGAAGCAAAUUUGAAAAAAGGUUCCCAAUCUCAAACUUCUACAGAAAAUCUUUAUGAAGUGUCAAGUACAACACCAACUGAUGAUGCACUAGGAGAAGCUGCACUGCCACAAGACAAACCAAUAUUGCCUAAACCACAACGAAAUGUAAAAGCUAAGAAAUUAGUAGAUAGGAAAUGUGUGAAGCCGAAAGCCAGUGAAACAGAAGACUCAAGCAGUACUCUGAAUCUUAGAUGUGUUGUUUGCCAGACAGAUUUCCCAUCAAAAAAUAAACUAUUUGACCAUUUAAAAAAGACAGGUCAUUCUGUCCCUAUAACUCAAGCUGCAUUUGCUCAAAGGAAGAAUAAGAAGGGCAAUAGAUAAAUGCCUAUAAACUUAGGUAGGAAUUAUUUAAAUUAAUUAAUUGCAAGAAUCACAGUGAUUACCUUUAUCUCUCUACAAUGUGUAGUCAAUAUCAUUCUAUUUAUUAAAUGAAAUUCUAUGACAAAAAUAAACCACAACUAAACAUA